UCACGGACCAUUGUGAAUGCAAUGCAGUACGACGAUGUGGUGUGUCUUUUUAGUUCGUGUUAUUCGGUCUCCUAAAUUGUAUCUAUAAAUAUAACAUUUUUAUUUUUAUGGUUAUUAAUAUAUAUAAAUAUAUAUAAAUACGUGCGCAUAAAUUUAUAAAUAUUUUAUAAAUAUUUAAGUUAUAGUAUACAACGUAUAAUAGGUACUCAUUUUCGUAAUUUUUCAAGUAUGAAUGAAUGGAAAGCUCACCGUGCAACAUUUAAGUGAUUAAACGUAGUGCGAUAGUCAAUAUGUUCGAUUAAAAAUUGUGACCGAGACACGAUUCAGGCAUGAAUAUUAAUUUUGCUGUGUUUAUUUGUGUAUUACUAACUGUUAAUGGCGUUACGCGAGCGUAUGCCGGACAUGCUUCAAGUAUAAAAUCACAUUUCAAAGAGUCAUCGUCGUACGCACAACAGGUGCCGUGGACGCCGCCGGAAUCGUCUGGCGGCGCUGUAGGGGUCGGGGGCGUCGAUGUCUCCGUAAGUGAAAUGGGAACGAUGGUAGGCGGCAGCGGCGGAUCGAUGAGCAUGAUGGGAGACCCGUUGCUCUUGUCGCCGUCGUCGUCGCCUAUGCCUCCGUCGUUGCCUACAGAUCCGCCGCCAAAGUGUAACAACGUGACCGGUCUUUCUGCCGGUCAGGCCAAGCUGUGUCUGCUCUACGAGGAACAUUUGGCCUCCAUUCGGUACGGCGUACAAGCUGGACUCGCCGAAUGCCGAGCGCAAUUCUUGCAUCGACGGUGGAACUGUUCCAUGACUGCCGAGAACGUCGGUGCGCCGUUCCUCGGACCCGAUUUGCAAACAAGCAGCCGCGAGGCAGCAUUCGUGCAAGCGAUCAAAGCAGCCGGCGUUGCGCACGCUAUGGCCCGUGCCUGCAGAGACGGUCGUUUAAACACGUGCAGUUGCUCUAGAUCGGGGAGGCCAAAGGAUUUGAGAAGAGAUUGGGUUUGGGGCGGUUGUGGAGAUAACAUGGAAUACGGAUACAAGUUCACUAAAGUGUUUUUGGACGUUAAGGAAAAAGAGAAACGGUGGAAAAAGGGCUCUCCAGAACAAGGUCGAAAUUUGAUGAACCUGCACAACAAUGAGGCUGGUAGACGGGCUGUACUCAAGAAGUCCAGAGUCACGUGCAAAUGCCAUGGUGUUUCCGGUUCAUGCAGUUUGAUUACGUGUUGGCAGCAAUUACCGUCUAUUCGCGAGUUGGGCGAACAUUUGAAAGAAAAGUACGAAGGGGCCAUAGAGGUAAGGGCUACCAGGCGAGGACGGUUGCAGAUCAGAGAUCCUAGAUUCAGUCUACCGACGGCAAGCGAUCUCGUCUAUAUCGACGACUCACCCAACUACUGCAUCAGAAACAUUACUGCUGGUUCUAUAGGUACACAUGGCCGAGAAUGCAACCGUACAUCACAUGGAAUGGAUGGUUGCAGUUUAUUAUGUUGUGGUAGGGGCUACAAUACGCAACGAUUGGUCACACGCGAAAAAUGCGAAUGUAAAUUUCAUUGGUGUUGUUAUGUGCAGUGUAAGACAUGUAUCCGUAAUGCUGAAGUGCACACGUGUAAAUAGAGUAAAACAGCGAAAGAAAAAGAACAUUUUAAGAAUUGAA